CGGCCCCCAAGCUUAUCACUUCUUCGUCGAUCGUGACGGCUGCAUAUUGUAAGUGACCAGAACUAACUUUGGCGAAAUGUGUGUGUCCUCCAUUUCUGCUUGAUUUGAUGCUUGCAGAUUUAAUUCUGAAAGGAACCCUUUUGAAAUGGAGGCAGAGCCUCAGGAAGUACGUGUGCUUGGUGUUGACAGGGCCAAGUACUACCGCAGCCAGUACCCGUACUACAAACAACCCACUGAGAUUGGACAUUUCUCCCAGGAUGAUCAGCGCACAGUCUUUAUGGAUCGGAGAGAAGCUCGUCGCUGCAGGUUGCCCCAAGCCAAUGAAUGCCGUGAGGUCAACUGGGAUUUGAACAACGGUUUUGAAGAGUUUCAAUGGAGAGAUGAGGAAAAGGUGGGAAAGGAAGGCAUCAAUCCGAUCUUAGACUGGAUCAUGGCCGAGGGAAAGGUGCUGGACCGGUUUAAGAAAGAUGACACACCACCGGCGAAAGCAUCUGCACUCAACACGAACUUUGUCAUGUUCCGCGGCAUGAUGACUCGUAUCCUGACUGCUCCGUACGAGACGAAAUUCUCGACGCCGUGGCGCCUCAGUGUGUGCCGCUUUCAGAACACGAUUUACCUCUGUGAUGAUAAGGACUUUGGAACGGGCAGGAUGCAUGAGCGCACUGUUGACCAUGAGAAAAUGACUUACUGGGGCUACAGCUUCGAGUCGUUCCUAACCUCGCACAUUGAUCCUGAAGUAGAGAAGAAGAGCCGGCCGAAUAACGCUGCGGGGUUCGCAACGGUGGUACGCGCACAGCUGGCUAGCUAUACGCUCUUAAUGGCGGCAGAGGUGGAUGGCGAGCUGGAGGGUUCCCAUGAGUCACCGCCGUCGAAUUACGUGGAGCUUAAGACCAACCGGCGCUUUGCUGACGCACGGCAGGAGCAGUCGUUUCAUCGUCACAAGCUUAUGCGAACCUGGGCACAAUGCUAUAGUGUAGGCGUGCCGACCAUCGUGUUUGGUUUACGGGAUGAUGACGGCAUUGUCCGUAGCCUCCGGACCUACAAGACCAUGGAGGUGCACGGAAUCUGCGAGCGGUUCUGGAAAGCAAGUGUGUGCCUGAACUUUGCCUGUGAUUUCUUCGCCUGGCUUGAUAAACACAUCGCGGAGGCUGAUCCGCUCAAGGUCAUGUAUAAAGUGACUUUUGAUGCGCCAUUCUCGGGCAUGACUCUUGAGAGAGUUGACAUAACGGAAGAUAAGCAGGCAUUCCUCAGCAGAGCGUUUGUGGAGUCCAUGGCCAAAUAAUUUUUUUAAACAUUUCCUUAUGCUUUAGCCAAGAUGCAUGUCACCUGGACUGAUCCUGGCAAGAGAAAGGCAGAGAGUUGAGAGAUCGCUCACACACACACACACACACCCACACACACACACACACACACACACACACACACACACACACACACACAUGCAGGCAUUCAUUGGCCGCACGUUUGUGGAAUCAGCGGUGAAAUAAAAGAUCCACUUCUACUUUGGUCAAGAUGAAAACCAGCGGGACUAAGUCUUGCCACCCAAGGAUAUUGCUUACGUAGUGGAGUUGUCACAACUAUUGAGUAUUGUCCGUGACUUUGCUUGUUCAAUUUUCAUACGGUCCUCGUUCCCUUUUUUACCUAGUGUGGGCCACUACAAGGUCUGGUUUUCCUCAAUGAUUUUCUCUUUUAGACUAGGCCAAGGGUUCUGUUUAGGCUUUCCCAGUAUUUUACUCAUUUUAGGAGAGCGAAUGAAUCAAUUCGACCGGUUGGAAUGAGUAAUUUCCACUUUUCCACUGACUGAGAGACUGUCCGACUCAUUUCCAUUGAAUUUGACUAAUUUGCCGUUUUGUUCGAUAUGUUUUAGUAGCUUAUUAAUUUUAUGAUCUGUUUUAGUAUUAAUUUUUCACUGUUUACAGUUACCAGACAAGAAAAGAAAACAACGGAUAACAUGA